UUGGCAGUGGCAUUGGCUGGUGGUGUUCGAGCAGCAUGGCGGACAAAUUGCUGUUGGCGGAUGUCGGGUGGCGGUCAGCCAAGGGGAUGGUCGAUGGAAGAUUGGAAUCGGCGAUCGUCAAGCGAAUUGUGCACGGUGAAGCACCAAAAGAUUUCAAUCUUUGGCAAUGGUCGGAGGUCGGAGGUCGGUGUGCGGAUGGAUUGGUGAGCGGCAGCAUCGGGAAGCCGAUGGAGGGCGAUGGAGGAAGCCGAUGGAGGACUUGUCGCCGAAGAUGGACAAGAUGACGGAUGUCGGGUGGAAGUUGGUGGCGGGCAGAGAGGUGGACGCGGAUUGAAGGGAUGGAAGAGAAGGAAGAACCACAAUGUUAAGUUUGGUUUUUUUUAUUUGUAUUUAUUUCUUUCUAUGUUCGGAAAGAAUACACGUCGCUCUAGGUGGAAGCUACUUGGAAAACUCACGUUUAAUUGAUUGAGUAAGGAUGUUUUAAUCUCCCAAAUGCCACGCUAUCCGAAUUUGUAUGAAUAUCUAUAAAAAUUCAUAUUUAUUCGGAUAAUGUGGCAAUUGGAAGAAAAAAAUUACAUUUCCACGUAGCCUCAAUUUAGAGUGAUGUGAAUGCUCAUUAUCUUUCUCACGGACUCGAGUAUGAGUAAACUGAUUCUGAUCAGAUUUUCUGAUGAAAAGCUAAAAAAGCUAUUCUCUUGAACUUUAGCACCUAAUUUUCACUUAAAAGGUAUCUAACCCGAUUUCGGGAGCACUACCAGAAGCUUCAACCUUAGAUUAAGCUCAUUUAGAUUUUUUUCAAUCCCCUAUUAGUUGUUUAAGUGGUAUCUAACCCGAUUUCGGGAGCAUUACCAGAAGCUUCAACCUUAGAUUAAGCUCAUUUAGAUUUUUUUCAAUCCCCUAUUAGUUGUUUAAGUGGUAUCUAACCCGAUUUCGGGAGCAUUACCAGAAGCUUCAACCUUAGAUUAAGCUCAUUUAGAUUUUUUUCAAUCCCCUAUUAGUUGUUUAAGUGGUAUCUAACCCGAUUUCGGGAGCAUUACCAGAAGCUUCAACCUUAGAUUAAGCUCAUUUAGAUUUUUUUCAAUCCCAUGCUAGAGGUACCCCAGCCAUUUGCGGGAGCAAAAGUAGCAAAAGAAAAAGUUUGAAUGAUUGCUUUCUUCCAACAUUAUUUCUCUUUCAUGUAAUAAAUUCCAGUUUAUCAUUU